AUGCCGAGGAAAUUCUUGGGCCAAAGACUGAGCGCCGGCACUGACUUUGUGAGGCCUGCGUCUCUGAACUUGACAGAACUCGAUCUUGAUGAGAUCCCAGACGUACCGCAGGGGACUUCGCUCGACAACCGUGAACUCGGUAGCUAUCCAGCUGAGGAUGUGAGAUGCCGACGGCUCUCUCGUCCUUUUGGAGGAACCCUGAGACUCAAAAAAAGGCUCAGUUCCGUGCCAGAGCUGCUACUUCGCGAUCUUGGAAGACUAGAGCAGAAAACAGGCGUCAAGCUAGCUCAGAACUCAAACACAACAUCAGAAAGACCAGCUAGGAGGAGCGCUCCUCCAUGUUCGGCACCACGGUGGACAAAAGACCAACGCGGCAAGAAUCUAGUUACGGCUGCCAAGAGGAGACCAACAUCAUCGACUUCAAAUCACCAGUCAUACGUGCCGUCGCCUCUUGCCGGCCCACCAUCUAUGGGGCGAGGUCAGACACUCGAGACGUUUCCAGUAACUGCAGUGCAGAUUCAGUUCACACCAGAACGACCUUCGCAUAAUCGCCAAAAAUCAGAUGGAGAGCUUUUGUUCGAGGAAAUUAUAAAAGCAUAUGCCAAUGCGCCCGAAAGAGAGGGCCCGGAGCCCUUGGCGCUCAAGGCAGAGAUGCAGAGCUCUUUAGGGAAGCAUUUUGUACAUGACAGCGCUUCAAGGACCUUCGGACAGGUUAAAAAGCAGCCCUUGGGGUUCUUUGGCACAGUGGUGAAGGAAGAAGAGCUGAGCGGUAUCGAGGGGCCAAAGCAUACACGAAGGCUCAGUCCGCCAUCCCUGCCAGUUGCGCUUGACGCAACCCUUCCUGGCGUCGAAUACUCCGGCUCGAGCUCCUCCGAUCCCUCAAGCUCGGGCGAAGAGUUCUCAGAUCUUGGCAGCAUAUUAGAAAGCUUGAAGGCUAGCCCGCGAGGAGCUCGCUCGAGCGACGAAGAAGAAAACUACUUUUCAGCUGACGAUCUCCUGUCGAGCCCAACGAAGGUCAACCUUCCCACUGCGCGUAGCGCCAGAUGCUCGCUUCGGCAAGUCCGCACUAGUCAGGUCACUCCGGUAGUGCUCGAUUUUGAUGAGCUUGUUUCGGCCUCAGAAGACGAAGGUGAAGGUAGCGACGCUAUCUCUCAAUUACAAGAAGAGCUCGAUGACCUGGGGAUCAUGGACACUUCCAGUAGCAUUUAUGAUUCAUGA